AUGCUCUCCAGGUGCUACCUCGCUGGUGUCAGAAACACCUCCCCUCUCUUACGCCUCUUCCCUCUCUUACGCCUCUUCCCUCUCUUACGCCUCUUCCCUCUCUUACGCCUCUUCCCUCUCUUACGCCUCUUCCCUCUCUUACGCCUCUUCCCUCUCUUACGCCUCUUCCCUCUCUUACGCCUCUUCCCUCUCUUACGCCUCUUCCCUCUCUUACGCCUCUUCCCUCUCUUACGCCUCUUCCCUCUCUUACGCCUCUUCCCUCUCUUACGCCUCUUCCCUCUCUUACGCCUCUUCCCUCUCUUACGCCUCUUCCCUCUCUUACGCCUCUUCCCUCUCUUACGCCUCUUCCCUCUCUUACGCCUCUUCCCUCUCUUACGCCUCUUCUUUCCCACCACAACCACCAGGCCACAGGCGUCCCAACAAUGCUCUACUAUACCCCCGAGCUCUUGGCAUUGCAUCCAUGGGCCUCACCUCCUCUGCUGCCAUCCUCUCUGCGAGCCUUGCUCUCCCAAGAAAACAUCCUUCUCUUUCCCCUUUCCAUACACCCACCACCAGGCCACAGGCGUCCCAACAAUGCUCUACUAUGCUCCCGAGCUAUGUUUUGAGACGUCUCAAACCACAGGCGUCCCAACAAUGCUCUACUAUACUCCCGAGCUAUUCGCCAUCAUGGGAUUAACUUCCUCUGCUGCCAUCCUCUCUGCCUCUCAUCCCCACACUUACAUUCACCAGGCCACAGGCGUCCCCACGAUGCUCUACUACACCCCCGAGCUAUUCGCCACCAUGGGUCUCACCUCCUCUGCCGCCAUCCCCUCUGCCAGCCUUGCGGUGGCCCUCGCCCGCACGCUCGCCUCACUCGUCCCCGUCUCUCUUUUGGACGAGAUUGGCCGGAGAACGCUGCUUCUUAUCAGCACUGCAGACCCCUCGUCCUCCUCCCCUCUCACCACCACCGCCACCUCUACCGCCUCUUUCCCUUCCCUCGUCGACCGCCCCUUCCAAUCCAAUGCUGCGGCUCUCUCCGUAAUCGCAGCAGCAAACCUAACCGUGUUCUUCGCAAUAGGCCUCUCCCCCAUCUCCACUCUCCUCCCUCCGGAAAUCUUUCCCCUCCGGUUACGGGCGCAAGGGACAGGCCUUGCUGUGGCAGUCAGCAGGCUGGUCGCAGCGGCUCUUUCCUCGUCUUUUCUGAGCCUUGUGGACGCGACGAGCCCCGGGUUUCCGUUCUUUGUGUUUGCGGUGCUGUCGGCGGCUGCGGUUCCGUUUCUGCAUUCGUGCAUGAGGGAGACGAGAGGGGUGAAGCUUGAAGGAACUUCGGGGUUAUUUGAGCCAAGUUUUGCGGGCGGAGUGGGGAGAGGAGGGGGAGGGGGGAUGUGGGGAGGAGGAGGGAUGGGAGGGGCGGCUGGGGCGGCAGAGGAGGGUGCUGUGAUGGAUGGGCAUGGGAGGGCGAUUGGGAGGAGGGCCAGGAAUGUGGGAGGGGGAGAUAGGGCUUCGACCAGUUGA